AUGACAUUCCAGUUCGAGUUAGAGCGUGAGAACUCACCUCGUCCAAACUCCACAUCGCACUCGAGUUUGCAGAGCCUCAAAGAAGUUAUUGCCUUCGCUACCAAUGACAAAGACGAUCCCCACAACUGGUCUACUGGAAAGAAAUCCUUCGUUGUCUUCAAUGGAGUAGCUCUGGUUAUGUCUUCCACUAUAGGGUCAUCUAUAGCGGCGGGAGCAUCGCACCAGUUUGCCGCUUAUUUCGAUAUCACGAAUCAGUUGCAGCUGGUCUUGCCAACGUCCUCGUACUUGUUUGGCUAUGUCGUCGGUCCGCUCUUAUUUGGCCCACUGAGUGAAAGCUACGGCCGGAAAUGGGUCAUGGUAUCAACUUUUGCACUGUUUACUGCUUGUACACUAGGAUGCGCUUUAGCAAACAAUUUUGCAACUCUGUGUGUACUAAGGUUGUUCGUGGGCAUUGGUGCCUCCAGUCCCAUCUCCGUGGUGGGUGGUAUCUACGCCGACGUGUACCCUGAUCCUGUGACUCGAGGUCGGGCUUUGACUAUCUUCAUGGCUGCAACGACGUUUGGCCCGAUCCUUGGCCCUAUCAUGUCAGGAUUCAUCGCAGUCGUUUCAUGGCGCUGGAUAUUCUGGCUGUCGUUGAUCAUAGCUGGCCUAACUUGGCCAAUCCUGCUAACCAAUCCAGAGACUUACGCACCGGUUAUCCUUGCCACGCGUGCACGGCGUCUCCGCAAGGAGAACAACAACCCAAACAUCUUUGCGCCGCUCGAACUUGAGCAUCGUGACCUGAAGCAGAUGGUCACCGUCGUGCUCGCAAGACCUGUGCGGAUGUUCUUCACCGAGGCUAUCGUGCUGUGCAGUUGCCUGUACCUGUCCUUCGUGUACGCAAUCUUCUACAUGUACUUUCAGGCUUACCCGAUCAUUUUUAGCGGGAUAUAUCGUUUUAACUCUGGCGAAGUCGGCUUGACGUUCUUACCAAUCGGGAUUGGAGCUCUAUUUGCGUGCGCUCUAUAUCUCUACUGGGACCGUAUCCUCGAGAGGGCGAAAGCACAGGAUCCACCUGCGGUAUGGUCGCAGACUGAAGAGUAUCGACGCUUGCCUCUGGCCUGCAUUGGGGGACCCUUACUCGUGCUCAGUUGUUUCUGGCUUGGCUGGACAGCUCGUGAAGACGUUCAUUGGGCAGUGCCAGUCUUGUCGGCUUUGCCAUUUGGCAUGGGUUACUUGCUUCUGUUCAUGUCUCUGAUCAACUAUCUUGUUGAUGCAUACGAAGUGUUUGCAGCAAGUGCCAUGGCAGCAUCUGCUUGUUCGAGGAGCUUGUUUGGUACAGUUCUGCCGUUCGCAGCAAGACCGAUGUAUGAACGCUUGGGUGUCGCGUGGGCCUGUUCAUUGCUAGGCUUUCUAAGUUUGGCCAUGUGCAUUAUUCCCUUUGCCUUCAUCCGCUUUGGGGACCGCAUCAGAGAGAAGAGCAGCUUCUGCCAGUUUCUGAAACAACGCAAGAUGCAAGAGGACCAGCACAGGAGCGGGAAAUGCAGGAGCGAAGGACGCAGCAGAGUGGGGUCGACAAGGCUAUAG